AUGGACGCAACUCUCCAUCCGCUCUCUGGACUCUACGCGCCUCAUAAUCUGAAAGGACUGUACUACGGGCCCGAUGUGGUCAAGAACCACCUCCUGUCUGUGCUUCCGGCCAGCUCGUCCAAGGCCUUCAUCGUCACGGGCAACUCGCUCGCCACCAAGACGCCACUGAUCGAGGGCAUCGAGUCGCUUCUGACGCCGGCCCGCCACGCCGGGACGUUCAGCAACAUCAAGGAGCACGCGCCCGUGGCUCAGCUGGAUGAAGCGACCACGCAGGUUGAGAACGACUCGACCAUCGACACCGUCAUCUCCGUCGGCGGCGGGUCUCCGAUCGACUCGGCCAAGGCCAUCGUGUACCGGGUGCACGAGAAGUCGCGGAAAUGGCUGCUGCACAUUGCCGUCCCCACGACGCUGUCCGCUGCCGAAGCGACCAGUUUGGCCGGCUACACACUGCCCAACGGCAUCAAGACCGGCGUGGCCAACCCGUCCGUGUACCCGGCGUACAUCUUCUACGACCCGACCUUCGGCCUGCACACGCCGCCGGGCCUCUUCCUCUCCACGGGCCUGCGGGCCCUCGACCACGCGGUGGAAUCCCAGUACCACCCGAGCGCGACGUGGAUGCCGUGCCGCCUGAUGGCGCUCGAGGCCAUCCGCGAGCUCUUCAAGCUGCUACCCGCCUACAAGGCCAAUCCGACGGACGUGGACACCGUCACCGGCCUGUUCCUCGCGGCGUACGCCAGUCUGGCCUUCAUGGGCGGGAACAUCAAGGGACCUCUCGGCCUGUCGCACACGCUGGGCUACGCGCUGGGUUCGCCGUACGGCAUACCCCACGGAAUCACGUCGUGUCUCACGCUCGGCCACGUCGUGAAGCUCAAGGCUCGCCAUGACGAGACCAGCGCCGAAGCCAUCGCGGCCAUCCUGCCCUACCUGGGCCGGCAGAGGUCGGGGGACAAUAUCAAAGACAGCGACGUCGUAGGUGAUAGGAUACUCGAGCUCGUGAACGACUUGGGGCUCAAGACCACGCUGACGGAGAAGGGCGUCGGGAGGGAUCAGGUCGAUAUCAUUUGUGCCAGGGCGACGGAGAGAUUGCCGCACAUCAAGGAAAAGAGUGAACAGAACGAAAAGCUUUUGAAAGACGUCAGAAGCCUGGUGGAGGGCUUGUACUGA